GAUGUUGCAACAGAUCUGAAAAAAAAUUUCGAUGCGGCAUACGGAGGAACCUGGCAUUGUGUGGUUGGCGCAAAUUAUGGUAGCUCAAUUACCCACCAGACAAAAUAUCUGCUUUUCUUUCAGCUUGACCAGGCUCAUGUGCUAAUUUUU